AUGGAGAAACAUCCUCAUGUCAUUCGGUUAUGUGCGUUGAUAUGCGUCACCUUUUCUUCCCUUUUACAUCUCGUUGAAGCUCAGGACCAAAAAGGGUUCUUCAGCUUGGCUUGCGGGCUAUCGCCUAACGAGCCUCCUUACAACGAUCCUAAAACCGGAUUAACAUACUCAGCAGACGACGAUUUUGUGCAAACUGGUAAAACCGGAAAAAUCCAAAAGGAGUUCGAGCCGUUUAUACGUGAACCAUACUGGAAGCUUAGGUACUUCCCAGAUGGAAUCAGAAACUGCUAUACCUUCAACGUCACGCAAGAUACAAACUAUCUUGUAAGAGCUUUAUUCGUGUACGGUAAUUACGAUAGUCUUAACAGCUACCCAAGUUUUGACCUCUACCUUGGUCCAAAUCUUUGGGAAACGAUCGAUAUGACUGGAUGGACAAAUGGCACCUACCAGGAGAUCAUCCACAAGACCACAUCUCAGUCUCUCCAGGUCUGUCUUGUUAAGACAGGAACAAGUAAUCCUAUGAUUAGUAGCUUAGAGCUACGACCACUUAACAACAAUACUUACAAUACUGAGAGCGGCUCCUUGCGGUAUUUAUUCCGGAAUUAUUUCAGCACUGCAAGCCAGACCGUAAGGUACCCCAAUGAUGUUAAUGAUCGUUUAUGGUUCCCAUUUUUUGAUGAGAAAGAAUGGACAGGAUUAACUACCGAUCUCAAGGUAGACACUUCUAAUUAUUAUAAUCCACCACAAGUUGUGAUGGCGUCAGCCUCAACGCCUAUAAGUGCUUUUGCGCCAUGGAAUUUCACCUGGUCACUGUCGCCUUCCACGACCCAAUUUUAUAUCUACAUGCACUUUGCCGAGAUUAAAACUUUACAGGCCAACGAAACCCGAGAAUUCAAUGUAUUGGUGAAUGGUAUUACUACAAAUGAGCGCUUUAGUCCAACAAAGUUAGCCAUACAAACUAUAUACUUCUCCAAACCGCAAGAAUGUGAAGAAGGAAUAUGCCUAGUAGAGUUAUUAAGGACGUCAAAUUCUACUCUUCCUCCUCUCAUGAACGCUUUUGAAAUUUACACCGUGAUCGAAUUUCCGCAAUUGGAGACAAACCAAGAUGAUGUUCUUGCUAUCAAGAGUAUCCAAAAUACUUAUGGACUGAGUAAGAUAAGCUGGCAAGGAGAUCCAUGUGUUCCUAAAGAGUUCUUGUGGAAUGGUUUAAACUGCAACAACUCAGAAACUUCAGUGCCACCUAUAGUCACUUCUUUGAACUUAUCAUCAAGUCAAUUAACGGGGACCAUCGCUCCUGCCAUUCAGAAUCUAAUCCACCUACACGAAUUAGACUUGUCAAAUAACAAUUUGACGGGCGAAGUACCGGAGUUUCUUGCGGAAAUUAAAUCACUCUUGGUCAUAAAUUUAAGUGGGAACAAUCUUAACGGCGCUGUUCCUCAAGCCCUUCUACAGAAGAAAGGACUAAAGUUAAUUAUCCAUGAUGGAAAUCCGGAUCUUACUUGUGAGGGUAAACCAUGUGUAAACAAAACCGAUGGUUCCAAGAAAAAGAAUGUUGUAGUACCGGUUGUUGUAUCGGCCGUGGUCGUGGUCGUGGUUGUUCUUGGAAUUGCAUUGGCUUUCUUCUUUGUAUUCAAAAGGAAAAAGACAUCAAACAGUCAAGGUCCAUCAUCAUAUAAUACACAAGCAUCAGAUCCUAUACCAACUGGAUCAUCAGAAUCAAUAAUGACUAAAAACAGAAGAUUUACUUACCAAGAGGUUGUAACCAUGACAAAUAACUUUGAAAGAGUCCUUGGUAAAGGAGGAUUUGGAAUGGUCUAUCAUGGGAUUGUAAAUGGUACGGAACAAGUAGCCGUUAAAAUGCUUUCACACUCUUCUUCUCAAGGGUAUAAAGAAUUUAAAGCAGAGGUGGAACUUCUUCUUAGAGUUCACCACAAAAAUUUGGUUGGCCUUGUUGGAUAUUGCGAUGAAGGAGAAAAUCUGGCUCUUAUAUAUGAAUACAUGGCUAACAGAGACUUGAAAGAACAUAUGUCAGGAAAACGAGGUGAAUCUAUCUUGAACUGGGAAACUAGACUGAAAAUAGUCGUCGAAUCUGCACAAGGUUUGGAAUACUUGCAUAAUGGAUGCAAACCACCAAUGGUUCAUAGGGAUGUCAAAACCACAAAUAUAUUGUUGAAUGAACAUUUUCAGGCCAAGUUAGCUGAUUUUGGGCUUUCGAGAUCUUUUCCGAUUGAAGGAGAAACGCAUGUGUCAACAGUAGUUGCUGGAACUCCUGGAUACCUUGAUCCAGAAUAUUAUCGAACCAAUUGGUUGAAUGAAAAAAGUGAUGUUUAUAGCUUCGGAAUUGUACUACUAGAGAUCAUCACAAAUCAACCUGUCAUCAAUCAAAGUCGUGAGAAAUCACAUAUAGCAGAAUGGGUUGGGUUAAUGCUUACAAAAGGAGACAUCAAAACCAUUGUGGAUCCAAAACUUUAUGGAGAUUACGACUCUGGUUCUGUAUGGAGGGCAGUUGAACUAGCAAUGUCGUGUCUAAAUCCUAGUUCAGCGAGAAGACCAACCAUGUCUCAAGUUGUUAUUGAAUUAAACGAGUGCUUGGCAUAUGAACACUCAAGGGGAGGAACGAGUCAAAACAUGAACCCGCAGAAUUCUGUAGAAGUAAGCAUGAACUUUGAUAUUGGAAGUACCCCUGAUGCUCGCUAG